ACUUUUAGCACAUAGUACAUACACACACAAUACGGUUCGUCCGGCAUGUGUCGCUUUAAGUCAAUGUUCGAAAAAAAAAAUUAUAUUUCAAAAACUCAUUGGUAAUUGUGGCAUUGGAGACGAACAACGCGCUUUUGUUCAAGAGAGCGGAUUCUGUAGUCUGAGAGUAUAUAUAUACGUAUAUAUAUAUAUUUUUAUUCGCUUGAUUUGUGUAAAUUCCAUUUGGUUUGGAGCAAUUUUUUUUUGUUUUUUUUUUUUGAAAUUAAGUUUUGUAAAGAAAAAAAAAUAUUGUGCAAAAAUGGAUACGGCAAGAGUAGCUGAAAUGAUGAGAGCCACGCUGUCAGAGGAUAAAACUGAGCGCGAUGCAGCUGAAGAACAACUCAAGCAGGUAUGCAAAAUUAUCGGAUUCGUUCCAUCGUUGCUGCAAAUCGUGAUACAAGCUGAAAUACCGGUGACAGUGCGGCAAGCGACAGCUAUUUAUUUGAAAAAUUUCGUCACAAGGAACUGGCUGGAAAAGGAUGUGGACGGUACACAAAUGGAAUUCUCGAUUCAUGAACAAGAUCGUACGUUGGUGCGUAACAAUAUCAUCGAAUCAUUGAUUCAAACGCCCGAAAUGUUGAACAAUCGCAACAUAUACAUUCACAUUGCCACAUGCAUUUAUCACAUAAUCAAAAGCGAUUUCCCAGGCCGAUGGCCCGAGGUCAUUGAGAAAAUUCGCAUUUUCUUACAAACGAACAAUUACCAAAGUUGGACGGGUGCCGUUCUCGUCCUGUAUCAACUCGUCAAGAACUAUGAAUAUAAAAAAGCGGAUGAACGUGGACCGCUCGAUGAAGCAAUGAACACAUUGCUGCCAAUUAUCUACGAAUUAAUGGUGAAUUUGAUGCAAAACACCGAACAAACCGAAGAUUGUGUCUUGUUGCAAAAGAAUAUCUUGAAAAUCUACUACACACUAAUCCAAUUUUGUUUGCCACUCGACUUGAUCACCAAGGAUGUGUUUUCAAAAUGGAUGGAAAUUUGCCGAUAUAUCAUCGAUAGCCCAGUACCUGUUGAUAUUACGAAUUUGGAUGAAGAAGAACGCUUGGAAUUGCCAUGGUGGAAGGCUAAAAAGUGGGCAUUGCACAUUUGUGUCCGUACAUUCGAACGUUAUGGCAGCCCUGGAAAUGAAGUCAACAAAGACUACAAGAAAUUCGCCGAAUGGUAUUUGCCAACAUUCACCCGUGCCAUUUUGGAAUCACUACUCAAGGUCUUGGAAUCGUAUCGUAACAACAUCUACGUAUCGCCACGUGUAUUGACGGAAGUGUUGAGCUACAUGAAAAUUGCCGUCUCACAUGCACAUUCAUGGAGUUUCCUAAAACCUCACAUGCUGCUAAUCAUCCAAGAGAUCUUAUUCCCAAUCAUGCAAUACAGCGAAGAAGAUGAAGAUCUGUAUCAAAACGACACAAUCGAAUACAUUCGUCGGAAAUUUGACAUCUACGAUGAUUAUUCGACACCAGUACCAGCCGCACAGGUUUUGUUCUUAUCAUGCUGUAAAAUUCGAAAAGGCAUUUUGCCACAAGCCCUUGGGUUCCUUAACUCCGUUAUUCGAGAAAGCACGGAGCCGCGAAAACGAGACGGUGCUCUCUAUAUGAUCGGUUCAAUUGCCGAGGUUCUGUUGAAAAAGAAAGAUUACCGUAACCAAAUUGAGCAAAUGUUGACCGAAUACGUAUUCCCCGAAUUCCAAAGUCCGCACGGUCAUAUGCGUGCUCGUGCCUGUUGGGUAUUGCAAACAUUUGGCGAAGUUGAAUUUAAGAAUCAGGAGAUUUUGGUGCAAAUUUUGCGUCUUGCCACAAAUGCAUUGUUGACCGAUCCUGAUUUGCCCGUCAAAGUUGAAGCAGCGAUCGUAAUUCAAGUGUACCUAUCAUCACAAGAGGGUGAAGCUCAUGAGGUGAUCAAGAAUGCAAUUCUUGCUCUGAACGUUCAGAAUAUUACCAUGGAAUUGUUGAAAAUUAUUCGCGAAACGGAAAUCGAUGAUUUGAAUACGGCCAUGCAAACAUUUGUCGGCACAUUCUCCGAGCAUUUGGCACCGAUUGUCGUCGAUAUUUGCCGACAUUUGGAAGAAAUGUUCAAAGAGUUGAUGUCAGGACCAGAAGGUAGCAGUGAUGAUCGCGAAGAAACAGCCAACGGUCUGCUCGGCACCAUCGAAAAGUUGCUGGCCGUUUUCGAAGAGAAUGCUGAAAUCGCAACCAAAUUACAGCCAUAUGUUAUUGCAGUCAUUCGUUUGAUUUUGGAAAAUCAACGCACAUAUUUCUAUGAAGAAGCAUUUUCUCUGCUGUACGAUUUGACAUCAAAAACCAUUUCACCGGAUAUGUGGGUCAUGUUGGGCAUCGUUUACAAAGUAUUCAAGGAGAGCGCAUUCGAUUGCUUCUUGGACUUGAUGCCAGCUCUGCACAAUUACAUCACAAUCGACACAGAAGCCUUCUUGGUCGAUGAGAAUCGCGUUGGAGUCAUCUUUGACAUGUGCAAAACGGUUCUAACAACAAGCGAUGCUGGUGAAGAUGCUGAAUGCCAUGCCGCCAAAUUGAUCGAAGUGAUCAUCUUGCAAUGUAAGGGUCGCAUCGAUAAAUGUAUCCCAACUUUCGUUGAAUUGGCCGUUACACGUCUUAUGCAAGAUGUUAAAUCAUCGGAAUUGCGAACAAUGUGCUUGCAAAUCCUGAUCGCAGCUCUUUACUAUGAUCCAGUAUUGUUGAUUAACAUUCUUAAAGAUCAUCAUCACAACAACGAACCUCUCAUCUCACAUUUCAUCAAACAAUGGAUUAAAGAUACAGAUUGUUUCUUGGGUAUUCACGAUCGUAAACUCUAUGUCCUCGGUUUGUGCCGAGCAAUCAGUUUGGGUGGAGAGAAGCCAUACGUUUUGAAUGAAGUGUCCGGUGAAAUUUUGCCAUCACUUUUACUCAUUUUCGAAGGUUUGAAACGAGCUUAUCAAUCACGUGCACAAGAAUGCGAAGAAGAAGAGUCAGAAGAUGAAGAAGGUGAAGAUUUUGAAGAAGCCCUUUCCAGCGACGAAGAUGAAGUUGAUGAAAACAACACUUCUUAUCUAGAUAAUAUUAAAAAUUUCGCCACCAAAAAGGCUAAUCAAAGUGGUUUCGAAAUGGCGGCCGAAGUCAAGGAUGAUGAAGAUUCGGAUGAUGACUCAGAACUGUCCGACUUUGAUCUCGACGAAACAACACUAGAAACCUAUUUGACACCAAUCGAUGAUGAGGAUGGUGAUAAUCCGAUCGAUGAAUACAUUGCCUUCCAGCAAGUCAUUACACAUCUUCAAGCUCAAGAUCCACAAUACUAUGCUAUGAUUACUAGCAAAUUGAGCCCCGAACAGCAAAAAGGCUUGAACGAUGUCAUUGUUACCGCUGAACAAAAGAAAGCGCAAUAUAAUUCGAAACAAAUCCAAAAACAAGGAGGAUUCCAAUUUGCCGCACCAAUGGGCCCACCACCUACCAAUUUUAACUUCACAUCAUAAGUUUGCUAAAGAAUAAAUACAAGUGACAAAUGUUCCCCACUUGAAAAUCCAUUAUUUUUGUAAUGCAUUAGGAAAUCAUUUUCAAUAUUUUAUCCACUUCUUUGACAACUAGGAGAAGAAAAGAAAAAAAAGCAAAAUAUAUUUCAACGGAUGGAGAGAGAAAAAAAAAAUUGAAAACGAAAAGAACGAACGAUUUAAUUUACAGAAGAAAAAAAACAAAGAAUGGUGAACAUGUUAGUUUCUAUUAAGUUUUCAUCGGCAUUUGAAAAAUUAUAUUUUUUAACAAUUAAUUUAGAAAUUACCGAUUCGAUAGGAAUAUUCAAUAAAUGAACAUGUUAAUGAGAAGAGGCGUUCGAAGCAAUCUAAGCAGCCUAAAAUCAAAUCAAAUGAAAAAAAAACCCAAAACAUUUUUUUUUUAAUUUUUAAAUUUAAUGUUAACUUAUUUUACAAAACUUUUAUUAACAUCUUUGAAAUGCAACAAGAAUAUUUGUUAUUGAAACGCAAGAUUUAGAUAAAUAAAAUCUAAAAACCAAUGAAA